UCCGGUGAAUCGUCAACGUUGUUACUCGCAGUCACAGAUAGAAACCCUUGUCUAGAUUGGAAUGUGGUGAUGAGAGAGUGAAUCAAUGGUGAAAGCAGUAGUGGGAGACGAGACUCAACUCAAAUUUGCAGAGGACCGUCUCAGCCGAUCGGCCAUCCCCGCUCAGGUGGGUCUUGUGAUUGGCAAGUUGAAUUCCACUAUCGACCGUGGUUUUGUGUUUGACUUGGUUCCUACCCCGCCAAACGAUGCCGGAGAGCCUGCUUGUUCCCUCUCUGAGGCCCCCAAAGACGAUAAGAAGAAGAAAGGGCCAAAGACCAAAUCUCUGCAUGAUUCCUCAUCCUCUUUGCUUAUCGAUCAAGAUUGGGUUGUUGAACACGCUCGUCAGGUAUCUAGAAUGCUAGUGGGUGGAAUGAAGGUAAUUGGUAUCUAUAUAUGGGCCAGUGAAAGCUCUUUCAAGAAUUCAACGAUAAUACUUUGCCAGACUGUAAAAGGAGUUGCAGAUGCUGCAUCCAUUCUGGAGACUGAUCGGGAUGAGGGACUGCUUAUUCAUAUUUGUUAUAGUCCAAUGAAGUGGACAUGUCGAAAUUGCACGUUGGCUUCAAAUAUCACGUCAAGCAGCCUACGGCCUUGCGAUUUCAAAAUGGGAAGGGUCUUAAGCUCCAUUCAGACAUUUAGGUGCAUGUACAACUUUGAUAUAAGAUUGCCCAUAUAUCAUGACAGUGCAUCAAAUGCCAAAACAUUGACAGAUAUUCUUCGGUAUGGGAUAUCAAUUCAUGCCAAGGAGCUAAGAGGUGCAAAGGCCAUGAUUGAUGGAUGUUUGGUGGUUGGGGAUGAACCAUGCUCAUCGGAUGGUUUGCAUGAAGUUGAAUUGCUUCUACCUUUUAUGAAAGAUGCAUCAGUGGAAGCAUGCAGCCAAAAAGAAGUUGUUGGCAUUCUCGUCUUUAGUGGUUCUGUGUGUUCUUUUGCAUGCUUGAAUCCAAAAGAACCAAUUUCACAAGCUUUAGUUGAUAUAAAGGGGGAUAUCAUUAUGAGUUUGCAAAGUAGGCUCGAUAUUAUCUGUGAUGAGGCAGAUGGAGAUGUGGGUCCAACUGAUGAUGGUUGCAAAGAAGCAAAUGAUGAGAUAUCCACUGGAAAACCUGUUUCCCAGCUUGUCUUGCACUUAUUGAGAAAACAACAGUGUCUUUCAUUUCCUCGAAGAGUUUUUGUUCCUUGGUUGGCAGGUACAUAUAUCUGCGACUACCUACAACCAUAUGACACUGUUGAGGUUCUGAAAGAUCACUGUGUUGAGCUGAUGUCCAUGGAAGCUCCAACUGAUCCCUCAACAUUUUUGGAGCCAGAAAUAGAAGCCCCUACACUGGCCACUAAAUCUUUCUUGGAUGUGGCAGUUCCCUUCAAUUCAGCAUUCAGCUCUGAGUAUCCCUUACAAAAAAGAGAAACCGGUACAAGAGAAGAAAGUAAUCGGAAGCCUACAAAAUCUGCUGAUUUGACCAUGAUAGUUGCUGUUUUGUUGGUUUUCCUGUCUAUCUUUGUAGGGUGGGUGCUCUUUGCUGUCAGGGCAUCUUAGUUGACUAAAUGAAGCUUUGUCUAUAAACACUAUGGUGUUGAAGUAAGUCUCCAAUUGUUAUAAUGAGUUUUUUUGUCUUAUGAAUUCAACGUUGGAAUUCCAAAUUUUUCUGCAGGUGAGGGGGAUGGGAAUGGUAGGAGAUAGAUGAUUUUGCUUUUAAUUGUAACAAACAGUAUCAUAUCACUAAAGGUAUAUUAUUUUUCAUAUUGAAUUUGUGCCAGGUUUA